AGAGAGAGAAAGAGAGAGAAUAAGCGGAUGACUUUGUUUCAUUUGUUUUCCUUACUUUCGAUUUAAGUAUCACGUCUGCACUAGUAGGCGGAUGAUCUGGGCUUCAUGAAAAGCGAAUAAACGUGGUAAGGCAAGAGGAAGGACCUGGGGCAAGACUAUUUCGAAACCAUCGUAGGACGAGGAGAUUCUGGACAGCGCUGAAGCACAGGGCGUGAGAUUUGCUCCUGUAUUAAACCGUAUUUUAACAUGUGGAGUUAAACACUGGAGCCAUUCGGAGGUGUUUACGUUAUUCCUCUGUCCAGCGAGGUUGUGAAAGGGGGGCGUGGCUUACUUCAGGAUUCGUGAGUCAUUCGGCCAGAGACUGUAAUGGAUCGGUUCAGGACACUCCAGCUCUUCAUUGCAGUUUCUCUGCUAGGCGGUGUGUGUCGUUGCUGGGAGGCGUCUACCCCCGAAAGAGUCAAAGCCAUCAGGAAAAGCUGUGUGUUGGUGAAGUGCAGCACUAUCCCUUACAAAAAAGUCGCCUGGUAUAAGUACAAAAGUACAGGAUACCCAGUUGUGUACUCCAAUGACCAGAACGAGAUAAUGCAUGAAUUUAAAGGAAGGACAUCAAUCACAGGAAAUGCUGGGAACGGAGACUGCACUUUAAGGAUUGACAACGUCCAGAGGUCAGACGGUGAAGUGGAUCUGUACGUAUGGGUCUGGAAAACUGAUAACGAACACCAAGGAUUUUAUAGCCGAACCACCAAACUAGACAUUUUGGACCCCAUUAAUCCUGAUAUAACCAUGGAAAGCAGGCAGGUGGAGGGACAGGCUUUCACUGCAAAAUGCAAAUUCCGUACUUCUUGCCCCACAUCACCGCAGCUGUCCUGGAUGGGUUUGAGUGGCACUUUUCAAGAGCCGAUCCACACGAAUAUCGAGGCGACGUUAUGGGACACUGAGCUCAGCGAUACGUUCACAGUAACUCGUCAAGACCAUGGCAAACAACUCAGCUGCAGAGCCUCGUUCGGUGGAGAUUAUUUUCAGAGUACUUCAGCCCCACUCUACGUCUCAUAUGCUCCUUCGGAUGUGAGAGUAGAUUUCACAGGACAGAGCACUGUGAUCGAGGGUGACAGCAUCUCCCUUAAAUGUACCAGCGAUUGCAGGCCUGCACCCACAGACCACGAGUGGGUCAUCACUCAAAACAGCAUCACAAACCGCUACAAUGGAAACACUGUUGUCCUUCGAGAUGUUAAGAGAAACACACAUGUUUCUUGCAUCGCCAUUAACUCCAUUGGACGCGGUGAAUCAAAGCAGCUAGCGCUCACUGUUCACUAUGCUCCUUCGGAUGUGAGAGUAGAUUUCACAGGACAGAGCACUGUGAUCGAGGGUCACAGUAUCUCACUUAAAUGUACCAGCGAUUGCAGGCCUGCACCCACAGACCACGAGUGGGUCGUCACUCAAAACAGCAUCACAACCCACUACAAUGGAAGCACUGUUGUCCUUCGAGAUGUUAAAAGAAACACACAUGUUUCGUGCACCGUCAUUAACUCCAUUGGACGCGGUGAAUCAAAGCAACUAGCGCUCACUGUCCACUAUCCUCCAACCAUCUUGCCAGGCCAGUUUUGCUCCACGGAGAACGGACUGCUAAAGUGCAUGUGUCAAACUGUGGCCAGACCAAACGCUGUUAUCUCUUGGUCCAUAGAUGGCAGCAGUACACUUUCUUCAGCCUUCAACACCACAACCCUGGACAAUAGCAGCAUGACAGUGUCACAGUUGACUGGACCGCAGGGCUGGGGGGGGGAUGUCACCUGCACAGCAACAAACCUUGCAGGCACCAAAGUUGCCCAUAUGUACAUCAACUCUGAAAUGGCGCUGGUGGCUGGGGUUGGGGCAGCCUGUGUGCUUGGCAUCAUAGCACUUGUGACAGCAGUUGUGAUUUGUAAAAAGAGAUGCCGUGCAGAGCCACCUAAAGACCUCAACAGUGUCCAGCAAGUGAGGUCUCAUAAAGUAAGCCAUGACUACGGGUUAAGUUCAGAUGAAGACCUGUAUGUGAACACAGCGCAGGCUGAACAGCAUUGUAAAGAACAGGAUGCAGAGUCCUGUAUUUACGAGAAUUAUGACAAAAGACCCUGAAUCAUGAGGAAUCAAGAUGGUGACGCAUUUAUCUGAGAAAUAAAGUUUUCCGUAUUCACGCACUGGUCAUUUUAACAUGAAGUGUGCUUUAAUUACGUUUCAUACUGUACAAGUCUUUAUUUUUAAAUGAAUGAUAAAUAUGCUUUUCUUUUUUUAUUAAUUAAAUUUGCACUUUUCGUUAUGUACUUUUGAUAAUCUAUUUUUAUGUAAAAAGCAAAAGCUGAAAUGAAGGAGUGUUUAAAUGAUGUCUUAUAUAAAUAUGAAGGAGGGAAAAGAAAUCAUGUCUUAUCUGAGUUAUUUAAAUGAUGGAAAUGUCAACUGAUGAACUUUUUGUUAUUAAAGGCGAUUAAAG